AUGUCCUCGUCUGGGGAGACAGGCUCAGUCCCUUCGCAGAGUGCAACUGCUCUAGAUGAAGCCAUUGGUCAGGCCCCCAUGGACCAACUGAUGAGUGAACCAGCAAUGGACAACAACGAAGUCCCACAACCGCCUGUCACAUCACAGACUGAUAGAGAAAACGCAUCCACGGAUCCUGAGUUCGAAAGCUUAAAGGAUUCUACUGCAGUGAACGUGCCUCAGAUAACAACCGACGAGCUGCAAGAGGACCACCAGAGUGCAGGCUACGAUAGACUCCGUGAAACAACAGAGAAUGCUCAGAGUGAUAAUAUCAGCGAAGACAAAUCUGCGGAUAAUUUAUCAUCGGAGAUUAACGCAGCGACUACGACUUCCGACGCUCACCUUGAAGAUAGUGGGACUACUCAGCCAGAUUCCACAGUACAAGAAACAAUGAGCAGCACGCAACAUGAUGCAGAAGAACGCGAUGCAGAAGAACGCGAUGCAGAAGAACGCGAUACAGAAAAAAAUGACGCAGAAGAACAUGUCCGGAGCAGCAGUGAUUCACAACACAGAGGUGAUGAGCCUACUCUAGAAGCGGAUCUAGCACGGGAUGAUUCAUUGCCUAUCGAGAAUAACGAAACGGAUCUAUCCAAACCUUCACCUAUCCAACAAGAAGGCUCAGGUCAACAGGUUAACGAUCAAGAAAUGAUACCACCAGAAAGCAUCGAAGAGACCCAAGCCCCCGAAGUACCCGAGCCAGCCAACGAAAAGCACCAAGAUGACCCUAACGGUCCACUGUUCGAGUCAGAGUCCAAUGCAGGUAACGAGGAAGGUACAAAGGAAGAAGCCACAAGUGAAGAAGCCACAAAUGAUGAAGCGAUUAAUGAAGAAGCUGCACAAGACCAUGGCGACCCUUCCAUCAAAAUGAAUGACGAUAGUGAUAUUUUUGGUUCUCAGAAAGGCGACGACAACAAAGUUCAGAUUGAAUCUCCUGUAUCAGGUGGCGCAACGGAUGACAUAGAACCUCCAAAGUCGCCCCAGCUUUCAGUCAAAACGAUUCAAACUGAGACUGAAGACGCGGUGGACUCUGGUGCUUCAGAAUACCAGUUUCUGACACAUCAGGACGAAACAGGGACAGAAGGAGCCCAGACACCCAAGAGCGCAGAAAAAGAUAAGAGCUUUACAGAUACAUACCAGCCAGACGAGCCUUCAGAGACCGAGAGGCUGGCAUCAUUUAAUGUGGAUAAAACACCUGAAAAGAACGUGGAAGAGGAUUAUGAGGACCAGGAUGCGUUAGUUCAAAUGAUACUUGAACCUUCUACCAGUACUCCACAGAGUACCAACGGGGAUGACAAUCUUGAAGAGGAGAGACAUUCAGUGGCUGGCGAGACCACCGCCACUCUGCCCGCUCAGCAAAAAAGUAAAAAGGGAAGGACGCCAUUACCAACUGCCACGGUAGCUGAAGCAGUGUCGAAGAGGGCUUCAUCCAUAAGAGUCAAGAUGGUAGAGAAUAACAAGAGAAAAUGGGAGGAUUCUGAUUGGGAAACUGAGCAGGAGGUAUUCAUCAAGAAAAGUAGGAUCGCACCAUCGGUCCGCGGCCCGGAUGGGAAAUACCCGCCCCCCGUUCUUAACGCGGGAGUUGUUCAAGAAAAGAGAAAGAGGGCUCUCCAUGACGAUGAUUUGGACAUCGGAACAAGCGUCAAGAGUAGGGUAAGGAAGACGGAUGCGAAACAGACCAAGUCCAAGAAGGCUAUGUCCAAGCAGGUCAAACCGAAGAAGGAGACCAGGAAGAAAACACCUGCGAAGAAGGGUCCUAAAGCCAAAGGGAAGAAGGACACCGCCAAAGCAUCCAGGGCAGCAAAGGCAGGGUCCACGGCAUUCAAAAGCGACGAGUUUGUCGGAGAUACCUCGUCGGACGAUGAACCGUUGGCCCAUUCGCGAUCUGACAAGGCAAGCAGCUAA